GGUUUUUUUGGGAGGGGGAGAGGGUUUACAUUUAACGGCUUUCAGGCUGUGCGCAAGUGAACAAAAGGGUGCCGUGUAGCGAAACCUUGCUCACCUCAAGACAGGAAAACCGGAAUCCUCCGAGGAGUGUCCCAAUCUAUUCGUGAACGGCCCACGAGAGCCUCGUGGAGGUAGCUGGCCUGGCGGUGAGGCAGCACGUAAAGCCUGGAGUGAUACCAUGGAAGACAGAAAAACAUUGGAUUCAGAAUGUAAAACAACAGAUGUUCCUUCCAAUAGUUUUCAUCUCCUGACUGAAGAAAAAUUUGAUUUUGACCUUUCACUGUCUCCCACAAGUGAAAAUGAAGACGAAGUUUUUGUUGGACCAGUGGGCCAUAAAGAAAAAUGUAUUGCUGUGCACCUUGAAUCCCAUGAAGAGAGUCAAAAUAAAAUCCAAUCACGUACAUAUGAUCUGCCUUGGAGCCCUCCUGCAGGAAAUAAAUUUGUGGAAAUAUUUAAAGAAGCUCACUUGCUAGCUUUCCAGCUUAAAAGUGGAAGCAAAACAGAAAAAAAUAAUACUAUUCAUACGAAGGAGGAAAAGACAGAGGUUGAAAAGUUUGUGAAAGAAUCAAAGUCAAAACUGAAAAUCCUUGAAAAAGGAAUAGUGACCGAUAAAAUGCCAAUGACCACUAGAAGAGAGACAUACUGUGUAUGGGAAAGCCCAAGCACUCAACUUCAGAAGCGUUUAAAGCAACCUGUCACAAUAAUGGACAGCCCACGUUCUCCCCGAGUGUCUCUGAACACCCCAAGUCCUGCUAAAACAGAUAAGUUACCUAAAAUGCACACUAUAUCCUCACCCCAAGCAAAGAAUGACACAAGCCUUAAAAAAAGAAGCAACUUUCAAACUGUAAAAACAUCACCUGCACUUAGAAAUAACAACUACUUAGUAGCAGGCGAGCCCAAACAAGGAAAAUUGCCUAGUUCUUCCAACAGGAUUUAUUCAAACAGUAUGGGAUCAUCUGAAGAUUUGCGCUCUGACAAAUCAAGCGUAGCUUCGGAUGCAGGAGAAUUGUCAUUUUCUACCAGUUCAUCCAUGCAAAGCAAGAGAACUCUUCCUACUCCCAGCAAGUUGGAAAUGAAGACGAGACAACUGAAGCCACCUAAUAAUGUUCGUAUGAGAAGAAAUACUUCAUCUUCCUCCUCCUCCUCUAUUUCCAGCAUGAAUUCAAGUUUGAAUUCAAGUCUGCCAAUUUCUCCUAAAAGAGGAAGUGUCAAAACGAGUGUUACAAAAGCUCCUGCAGACAUCUCCAGGUGCUCUUCUGUGACAAGCAAGAUUUCCAUAGUUAAACCUAUGAAAGGAUUUUCAGUGAAUGCUGCCCACUCUGAUGCAUCUGGAAAACAACCCACACCCAAAUGUGCUAAAGGAAAUCCUGUGAAUAUACCCAAAUAUAAAGCUACCCUGACGUCUGAGAGUGCAAGCAGUAAUCUGCAGAAAGGUUCAGAUUCUAGUCUUCAGAAAAUAUUAUCAAAAAACACAUUAGGAAAUGCAAGUAAAAGUUCAAGUCUCAAACUUAACUCUAAAACAGCAGCUCCAAACUUAAAGCAAGAAAAUGAAAUCACCAGAGUAUUGCAAUCAAAUCCAGUAUUAUCCGGUAGCAAUAUUGUAAGCAAUGUUGCAUUUUCCACACCUGUCAAACAAUUAGGAAGAACUGUAUUAAAAUCCUGCUCUGCUGUGAAGCCUUUUUUACGGACUCCUGACAGAAGGCAUUCUAUAUUGCCUAUCUCUAUUGGUCGAAGUAUCUCGGGAAUUCCAACCCCCCAAACAGCGCCCAGAGCAAUAUCAUCCCCUAAUUGUUUAGCUCUUCGACAGGUCUCCAGUGUGUCGUCUAAAAAGACUACAGGAAUUAGUUCUAAAUGUGUGACUAAGGACAAGACAUGGAUGGCUUCAAGCCCAUCUUCAACAGAAGGAGAUUUAUCUCCACCAAAAAUUAUACCUAUCGCCCUUACUUUUUCACCAGAUAAACCUUUUAUUGAAAUAGAACAAGAUAUUACUAAAAAAGGGAAAACAGCAGAAGUAAUACUAGCUAAGGAGGACUUGUUGAUAGAAUUUGAAACAGAUAAAACACCAGCUGCCAUCCAGGAAUGUGAAAACAAACCUCUCAUUGAUCUUAACACUCCUGAAAUAACUAAAGAACCUCCAUUGAAACCUACAGGGCAGCUAAUCGAUCUGAGCUCUCCUUUGAUGAAACUAAGUCCUGAAGGAAAUAAAGAAAAUUCACCUCUUCUGAAAUUCUGAUUUUAAAAAAAAAAAUGGUUUUCAAACUGGAAAAAAUUCUAGAGUUUAACAACUAAUAUUUCACUGGUCAGUAGUUUUAAUACUGGAAAAAAAGAUAUGAAAUUAAAAUUGUGAACUUGAAAUGUUGAUAUAUUGCUGCUAGGAAAAAUAGAAAAGAUGGUUUUUUUAUAUUUUAAGCAAUUUUGGUUGUAGCAAAUGUCUUUCCUGGUAAAACUAUUUGUUUCAAAAUUGUGCAAAGUAAAUUGUAGAUGUAUGUCAAAUAUAUUGAAAUAAAGUUAAGCAUUUUAAAUAUUCA